UGAACUGUAGCGACAAGAUGUUGUUGAAGCGCGUGGCAAUUAAACUUCGCAGAAACUAUUUCGUCAGGCAUUUUUCGGUGGAAAGGGGAUCGAAAACAGCCCUGUUCGAUUUCCACUUGGAAAAUGGGGGUAAAAUGGUGAAUUUUGGCGGCUACGUCCUACCUUUACAAUACACCGAUCAGAGUAUUGUACAAUCGCACUUACACACAAGAAAAAAAGCUUCCCUGUUUGAUGUUUCUCAUAUGUUACAAACCGAAUUAACUGGGUCGGAUUGCGUUCAAUUUUUCGAAAAACUUUGCACGUCUGAUCUUAACAAUUUACAAAACGAUGCUGCUACCCUAACAGUUUUCACGAAUCACAGGGGUGGAAUCAUAGACGACCUGAUCGUCACCAAAAUUAAUCAGAAUCAUCUUUACAUCGUUUCGAACGCUGCCAGAAAAGAGAACGAUAAAAAUUUGAUGAUCAAGGCUCUAGAAAAUUAUAAAUCGCAAAACCCUAAAUCGGAUAUCACAUUGCAUUUUUUCGAACCCAAAGACAGAUCCUUGUUGGCUCUGCAAGGUCCUGCAGCUGCCGAGGUCCUUCAACAAGAAACAGACGUAAAUUUAUCGAAAUUGUAUUUCAUGCAGUCUACCACAGCAACGGUGGCUGGUUGUGGGUUAUGUAGGGUGACCAGAUGCGGAUACACUGGCGAAGAUGGCUUUGAAAUAUCCAUCCCAUCGUUCACGACAGUGGACGUAGCCAAAGAACUCGUCAAGAACGACUCAGUAAAACUUGCAGGUCUAGGAGCUAGGGAUUCGUUAAGGUUAGAGGCCGGUCUUUGUCUGUACGGAAACGAUAUAACGGAAGACACGACUCCAAUCGAAGCAGGUCUUACAUGGUUAGUGUCGAAAUCGCGUAGAGAACGCGGGGAUUUCCCCGGAGCCGAAAUUAUAGUGAAACAAAUUAAGGAAGGGGUUACCCGGAAAAGGGUGGGGUUGGUAAUAAAGGCGGGAGGACCACCUGCGAGACACGACGCCCCUAUAUUGUCCCGAGAUGGUUUGGAAGAACUGGGUGUAGUCACUUCCGGUUGCCCCGCUCCGUCUUUGGGCGUUAAUAUUGCCAUGGGGUAUGUUCCAACUGAGUAUAGUAAAGUUGGAACUCGGGUAUGUCUUAAAGUAAGAGACAAGGUUUAUGAGGCCGAAGUUACCAAGAUGCCUUUCGUAAAGAGUAAUUAUUACUCAAAACCCAAGUAAUAAAUAAUAACAUUAUC